AUGGCUGACACACGCAAUGUGACAGAAUUUAUUUUCCUGGGACUUUCUCCCAAUCGGGACGUGCAGAAAGUUUGCUUUGUGAUAUUUCUGCCCUUGUACACAGCAGUUGUGCUGGGCAAUUUGCUCAUUGUCCUCACUGUCAUGACCAGCAGAAGCCUCGGCUCCCCCAUGUACUUCUUCCUCAGCCACCUGUCCUUUGUGGAGAUCUGCUACUGCUCUACCACAGCCCCCAAGCUCAUCUCAGAUUUGCUGGCUGAAAGGAAAGCCAUAUCUUUCUGGGGCUGCAUGACACAGCUUUCCUUUGUCCACUUGUUUGGUGGCACUGAGAUUUUCCUGCUCACUGUGAUGGCCUAUGACCGCUACGCGGCCAUCUGCAAGCCCCUGCACUACACCGCCAUCAUGAACCGGCAGGUGUGUGCUGUCCUGGCGGGAGUAGCGUGGGCGGGGGGCGUUGUGCAUUCCUUGGCCCAAGUCCUUCUCAUCUUCCGCUUGCCCUUCUGUGGCCCCAAUGUGAUUGAUCACUAUUUCUGUGACCUGCUUCCUCUACUCAAACUUGCCUGUUCUGACACCUUCUUCAUUGGUCUGCUGAUUGUUGCCAAUGGCGGGACCCUGUCUGUGAUCAGCUUCAUUGUUCUUGUAGCCUCGUAUGUGGUCAUUUUGCUCCAUCUGAGGAACCGAAGCUCUGAGGGACGGUGCAAGGCCCUCUCCACCUGUGGGUCCCAUAUCGCUGUGGUCACCUUGUUCUUUGGGCCCUGCAUCUUCAUCUAUCUGAGGACCUCUACCACUCUGCCUGCGGACAGGAUGGUGGCUGUGUUUUAUACAGUGAUCACCCCACUCCUCAACCCUGUCAUCUACUCCUUCAGAAAUGGUGAAGUGAAGAAGGCCAUGAGGAGGCUGUGGAUCAGGACAAUGAAACUAGAUGAGAAAUAA